CGAAGGCGGCGGCGGCGCAGGCCUGAGACGGGGAACAGGCACCGGCCGGGGGUGGUGGCGCCGGGGCCACCACGAGGUGACAGGGCCAGGGCCAAGAAGACGGAGGCUUCCAACCCGAGCCCCCGCAGCGACGCAGGUGCACAGAGCCGUUCGUCGCCAUCGCAGCCCGGGCUGCCUGCGUCGGUCCUCAGCUUCUCGAUGUCGUCCCUCUCGCUGGCGAUCCGCGGGCUACUGGACGAAGGGUUCGGAGGUCGCGACGCACAGGCAUGGAUGGAGCACUGCUCCUGGGCCGCACGCAGGCUGCAGGCCUCUCUCCGCGUCACCGACGCGGAGAGCCACGCACGCGCCAGAGCCGGCGCGUCGCACCCCCUGAUCCUGCGCCGCUACGGGGAAGGUGGCGGCGGCGUCGCCGGCGCCGACUCGGCCAAACCGGCCCACCUCCUCGCCGCCCCCCCACUCCCGGCGGCGGCAGCGGCGGGGCCGGCGGGGCCGGCGGGCUGCCGGGCGGCGAGGGGGCGGCCGGCGAGCGGACGCUCGGCGCUGUGUGCCGCCGUCGCGCGAGCCGAGGGGCUGCUCCUCACGGGGGGAGCGGCGGCAGGGGAGGCGGUCGGCGCACAGACGCUGCACUGCCAACUACCGGACGGAAGCGUCGUCGUCUACUACCCGUCGGGCCGCGUGGCCGUGGUCCAGGUCCCCGCGGGGCCCCGCGGCGCCGGGGCCCACACGGUCGCCUUCGCGGACGACGAGCAGCGCCCCGCGCUCCUCGCCACCUUCACCCCCGACGGGCGGGGGUUCGUGUUCCACGCAGCCAGCCCCCAGCGCAUGGCCGUGAUGAUGAACGUCACUGGCGUGGCGCUGUGCGACGCCAAGGGCAGCCCCGUGAGCGCGUGGCGCUGGCCGCGGUCGGGGAGGGCCGAGCGACCCCUCACCGUCCCCGUUGGCGACUUCAUGACGCUGCGCGUGAUGGCGCGUCACGCGGUGACGCUGCUCUUCCGCUGUCAGCAGGAGUGCGUGCGCCUCUCCGUGUCGCCGUUUUCCAUGGCCGCUCUCGACUCCCCCCGUGCCGAACUUCACAUACCGAGGGGUCAGCCUGAGGUCAAGAGGUUCCGCCAGCGAAUCCGCAGCAUUCUGGCAGCGUGGAUGGAGCAUUACCGCCACGCCGUCGGGGUGAGUGCCGGACUUACCGGACGUCCCCGCGAGUCCACACACCGCUUACAGGUGCCAGCGCCGCAACCGCCGCCGCCGCCACCACCGGCACAGCCGGCACCGUCGCUACCGGCGCCUGCCCGUGCCGGCCCGGCUCCUCGCGGCGCUGCAACCGCAAAUCGUGGCGGAGAGGGAGAGAAAGGAGGAGCUGAGGUGGCGGUGGCGGCGGCGUCGGCGGCGUCGGCGCUGUCACGGGAGGACCGCGGUCGCCAGGGUCGCGACGACGCCACGGAGCUGUUCCUCCUCUCACGACGGUCGCGCGCAUCGCCCGCCCGGACGCUGCCGGGUAUUGAGAGUGGCCACGUGGAGCUGGCGUGCCCCGUGUCUCUGCGCGCGGCGCUGGGAGGCCGUGCGCCAGCGAGGCCGUCAGCGGGACAAAGGUGCCGGUGCAGCGCGCGCCGCGUGCCGAACGUCACCGACGUGGAGGUGGACGCCCUGCUCCGGGCCGCCCCCCGCGGAGGCCCCCGGCAGCAGCUCCAGGUGGUCGUGGUCGUCGUCGUCGACUCGGCCGCCGGACGGCCGCACCACCCCUGCCUCCGGAUGGUGGAGUCCCUGUACGAGGAGAAGAACCGCAACCGGACCGCGCCAUGCAUCCAGGGCCGUGGGGACUCGUUCCGGCUGCUGCACUACGACCUGUCGCUCACCGCGCUUCUCCCGGGGCCCGCGGCUCCACUGCUGGCGAGACGGCACGCGGUGCGGCCCGGCAUGUUCCUGAUGUACGCGGCCGGGCGCCUGCUGUUCGCCGACCUCCUGCUGGACGGCUACGGCCUGACCCGGCACGACCUACGGCGCCAGAUCGCUCGCUCCCGCGGAGACUUCCUCUUGGGCCGCUUCCUCCCCCGCGACUUCCAAUUCAGCCCCAGGCCGGGCCCCGGCACCUCGAGUUCUCGUGUCGGUGGCAUCGGUGCGAGCGGUGCGGACGAUGGCUCAAGCGCCUCCGAGGCGUCCGAGCAGAGAGGGUGGCGCACGGAGCGUGGCGAGCUGGCACCGCCACGACCCUUCACCGGCGGCGCCGGCACCGCCGCACCGGUGGUGUCUGGCACCGUGAGACAGUCGGACAGACCGAGGCUGCUGGGCGUGUGACGAAGCUCGGAGACGUUGCCCGGAGACACCGACAACUGCCGGGACAGGAGCCCUCGCGAGAGGGUAGCCGCUUGCGUCGCCACCAUCGACGUCAGGUGGACGGAGCGUGGGUCCCUGGUGGCGCCGUGCCAGCCGCUGAGCUGUGCCGCUGCCAGCCUCUCGCGCAGCGAGGCUGGCGGGGGGCCGUGGGGGGCGCCACGCCCGCCGGCGUCAU